AUUUUGUCUUCUUUUCAACUCAGUUUAUAAUCAGUGUCGAGACAAGUAAGAAUAAAAAGUGGUUUUUGAAGUUUAUUAAAUUAAAAAUUUAAUUUUUAAUAAAGUUUCUUAUAAAUACUAAGUGUAUUAACUAAAAAGUGUUUUAUUAGAAAUCAAAAAUUAAAUUUAUAAUAUAAAAUAAUUUAUAAUGCUAUCAAAUAAAGCAAUAAGAUUAAAAAGCAAACGAGAAGCAAAAAAUAUGAUGGAGUCUGCUUAUAAUGAAGUGGGAUCAUCCAAAAAACAAGUUAAAGGCAGGGAAACAUCUGAUUGCGAUGAUGUCCCAAUGAAAGUCAGUUCUUUCGAAAAAUUGGUUGAAUCGGAUUUCACUGAAACAUCAUCCGUUUGCGAUAAUUUUCCAGUUGAAUAUAUAGAAGAAGUGAAUUGCAACAAAUACAAAACAAACCGCCAGAUAAUCAGACAGGUAUAAGAACAUUAUAAAUGUCAUAAUUUCAUUCAUUAUACUUUAUAUUACAUUAAUUCUUUCAGAUAGUAAACAAAAUAUGUUGACGGAGAUUUUAGGAGAAGUGCGCACGCUAAAACAGCAAAUCGGCAGACUAACAGAGGAAGUGAUAACCGUAAGAAAUGAAGUGCGUCAAUUAAAAUUAAUUUAUUCUGAGGAAAUUAAAACCAAUUUAGUGCCACCUUUACCCAUAAAAACUGUAAAACAGUUGGAAGAAUUACAUAAACAAAUAGAAGAGAACGUGGAUAUUGUAGCUCAAUUGAAAUACGUUAUUGGUAAAGUGGGUGGCGACAGCUCCAACUCGUUUGUCAGGAAUGCAAUUAAAAAAAUGCUGAGCGAUGAUGUGGCUGCAAAAUUGAGUUGGCGUGGAACGAAAAGUAAGCCCAGUAUUCAGGAAUUCAAUAUAACGAAAAUUAUAACAAGUGUGUGCCAUUCAAAAUUUCCGAAAGCUGAUGAUGCAGGUAUAAAUAAGGUAUUACAACAACAUUUUGUUCAUGCUGGUGACCGUCUCAGAAAGAGUGACCGAACCAAAAAGAUUGAUGAAGCCAAGAAAAUUGACGAUUUGGCUGAAAAAUAACUUUAUUUUUUAAUAAUUUUUC